AGUGAAGCUAUGAGAAGUAAAAUCAAGAUGACCAGGCUCACAAUCCUUGCAGGAUUAUGUCUGGUGCUAUGCCAGCUGGCAACUUCCAAUAAGAUGGAGUGCUACUUCACUAACUGGUCCCAGUACCGACCUGGUGAAGGCAAGUAUAUGCCAAAAGAUGUGGACCCCUUCCUGUGCAACACCCUGCUCUAUGCCUUCUCCAUCAUCAACUCCAACAAUGAGCUGGUUACCUAUGAGUGGAACGAUGAGGUCCUCUACAAAGAUUUCAAUGCCUUGAAGAACAAAAAUUCUCAACUGAAGACUCUGUUGGCUGUUGGUGGAUGGAACUUUGGUUCAGGACAGUUUUCCAUCAUGGUGUCCACUCCUGCCAACCGUCAGAAAUUCAUCCAGUCUACUAUCACGUUCCUGCGGAAGCACGGAUUUGAUGGUCUGGACCUGGACUGGGAGUAUCCUGGAUCUCGUGGAAGUCCUCCAGGGGACAAGCAGAGAUUCACGCUGCUUUGCAGGGAACUUGUCCAAGCUUAUGCUGCUGAGGCCAAGUCCACUGGACAGCCUCAGCUCAUGCUGACUGCUGCUGUGUCUGCUGGUAAAGGAACCAUUGAUGGAGGAUAUGAGAUUGCUGAGAUUGCCAAGGAACUGAACUUCAUCAACGUGAUGACCUAUGACUUCCAUGGCACUUGGGAGCAAUUCACUGGACAUAACAGCCCACUGUACCGUGGCUCACAGGACUUUGGUGACCUCAUCUACUUUAAUGCUGACUUUGCCAUGAAAUACUGGCGAGACAAUGGCACCCCCGUGGAGAAGCUGAGGAUGGGCUUCCCUGCUUAUGGUCGUACCUUCCGUCUGACAUCAUCAAACACUGGUGUUGGAGCUCCAGCUAGUGGCCCUGCUUCAGCCGGCGCCUUCACUCGUGAAGCUGGAUUCUGGUCCUACUAUGAGAUCUGUGGCUUCUUAAACGGCAUCUCUAUCUGGUGGAUUGAAGACCAGAAAGUUCCCUAUGCCACCAAGAACCAAGAGUGGGUAGGAUAUGACAACAGGGAGAGCUAUGAAAUCAAGGUGCGCUACCUGCAGGAGCAAGGGUUUGGUGGUGCGUUUGUGUGGGCUCUGGACCUUGAUGACUUUGCUGGGCGUUUCUGUGGACAGGGUCCUCACCCUUUGCUGUCACACCUCCGCAAGCUUCUUGAUACUACUGUGCCACCAAUUACUACCACUCCUAACCCUGGUCCUACCACUACGACUCCUCCUACCACCCCGUCUCCUUCUACUCCCACAAUCCCCACAACCACAACCACCACUCGUGCGCCAGAUAACGGAUUCUGCAAGGGCAAACCUGAUGGCAUAUACGCCAACCCAGAUGACAAGACCAGCUUCUAUAUGUGCGCCGGUGGCAUCACCCAUAUCACAUACUGUGGAGCUGGAUCAGUCUUCGAUGACAAGUGCAAGUGUUGCGUCUGGCCCUGAACAACAAGCAGAGGAAAAUGUGCAUUGCAACUUAAAGAUGCAAUCUGUAACCAUUAUUAUCCUGGUGAAACAGACAGUUGAAGCGCCAGUGUAUCUACAACAUAUGCAGACCUUAGUGUUGUAUUGAUAUGCUGUGUUUUCUUGUGAAGUAUUUAAUAUAGUUUCCAGGUUGCAAAGAAAAGCAUUAAAGUACUUUGGAACCUA